GAAGGACCCUCCCGACAUGAGCAAGCUCGUGCUCAUUAUAGUCAAUCUCUGGGUACUGCCAGGACCUCACACACCACACACCCCAUCCCCCCUUGCUCAAGGGGGGACAGUAAUCACUCCUUGUCAGCAGAAAGAUUCCGGCCUGAGCAGGGCUCAAACCGCCACCUGUCAGGCCAUGAAGCCUGGCAGCACAAACUUCACAAGACCACCACUUUCAUUCAAUUACACUUCCACAACCACCAACACCCACAGCUCCGAAACUAACAACCAAUUCUACAUCCACCAUAGCCAGUGACCACCUCCACAAUACCACCAACCUGAGCAUUGAAAAAGAGAAAAGGUUGGGCUAAAUAAUAAGGUAUAGAAACCAGCAUCUGAACCCGCCAUGAUCUGACAAGCCAGGCUUAAUAUGAUAAUUAGAGGCAAUCAAGGAAUCCUCAAUGUGGCGCAAGCAGUCUGCGCCUCCUCAGUGUGGGUCGUGGCUGCCUGGCAAGGGAGGAUGAAGAUGUUGGCACUCUUCCUGAUGAGCUUCCUCUGCUCAGGAGGAGGACUAGCUCAGGGGGCACAUGCCUCAGGGCUGCUGUUUAACAUCCCGACCUUAGACCUGAGCCCCGCAGAAACACAAACAUCGAAGGGACUUCUAGCAUUCCCGCCCCAGUCUCCAACUCCAACAUCAUCGUGUCCCGCGGAGGGCGUGACGACCCUCAGCCACCCUGACCGCUGUGAGGCUUUCUACGAAUGUGUUGAGGGCGUGCGGGAGUUGAAGGAGUGUCCCGCAGGGCUGCACUACAACCCCGUCCUUGUCAACACCGCUGCGGCCGACCCAUGUGAUCGGCCCUCUAACCUGCAGUUCGCUAGACAGAUUCAGUGCUCUCUUCAGUGCAUGGAACGCCUGCCUCCCUCCACCACCCCUGCAGCACAGGCAGCACCACCCCCGGAGUGCCUCGGGAGAUUCCCGCACCACCUCCCUAACGAAGGCGACAACUCGUGCCGCGGCUUCUUUGAGUGUCGCGACGGUUUGGCUUUGUACCGCCGUUGCCCUGACGAGCUGAUGUACAACGCCCACGCUGCACCCGCCCACUUCCCUUGCGACUACCCCGAGAAUGUCUCCUGCGGUACCCCUGCCCCCCAGCUGACACAGACGCAGAUGCACCCAUGGAUGUACCCUCCUCCGGCACGGCGCCAGCAGUACAGGUCAAGAGACGACCCCACAGUGUUCAACUUUUACUCGUAUGUGACCCACCACUGGUAGGCCCGCCACGGCGCCACCGUCCUGAGCCGCCCCAGGUUGGCAUACGCGUCAGCAGCAUGGUGCCCACUCCCCACGAAGGAAGAAAUAUGUACACAAGAUCAGGAGAAUGCGGAGUAGCAACCGGGAUGGUCACAGAUUAUUCAAACAAAGAAUUGCCUCCAAAUCUUAAAUUUUAAGUUGGUAAUGAAAACAGUCACCUUAAUUAAUUAAUAUUCUGAGGCACUUGAUUUUAUGCUUUCAAUCAGCGUUGCUAGAAAAGGGGAGGCUGUUACCAUAGACUUUUAUAUAUGUAACCAUUAAAUUGAUUGGUAUGAAUUUAAAAUUUAGCACUUGUUAGACCUUAUUGAAGAGCUUAUAAAUGGAUAUUGAUAUUUCUUAAGUAGCAAAUUCAUAAUCAAAAAGUCAAUCAGGUCUUAAAAUUUUGUAGAAAGAAGUGAUAUACAGCAGAAUUUGUAAAAUUAAGUUAUUAUAUGAUUUCCCUAAGAAAAGUC